AUGAGUGCAUUGGGAGAUGCUGAGUCACCACAGUCCAAAGCACUCGGGUGGCUUCUCAACGAUCCGAAUGUAGCCAACUAUCCUGACUGGCGAAUUCAGCAAAGAUUUGCACUCAUGACUUUGUACUAUGCCACAUCGGGACCCACCAAAUGGAGGAACAACACAAACUGGGCAAGCUAUGAACAUGAGUGUGAAUGGUUCUCAACCCCAUCCUUGGGCCCACCUAGCUUUCCUGUCGACAAUGAGACUCUGGCAAUACUGCUGUCUACCAGCCCUUGUGAUCCUGACUAUGUGUCAUGGAAACUGAAUUCGAGUAGACACGAUGACAUUUCAUUGCUCCAUCUGGGGCGCUACCAGCACCUCAGAAUGGAGCCAAAUGGGCUUGAGGGGACCAUUCCCCAGGAGACAUUCCUCCUUACUGCUCUCAGAGAAAUUACGUUUGGCAUCAACCAACUUUCUGGGACACUCUCGAGUGAAAUCUCCAAGCUAACAGACCUGAUUUUGUUCACCAUGCCUAUGAAUAAGAUUACUGGGACCAUCCCAACAGAGGUUUUCUCACUAACAAGCUUGCGUGCCUUUUAUGGCUUUCGCAACCAACUCACAGGCAGCAUCCCUUCUGAAGUUGGUAUCUCCAAUUUGCAGGAUCUUUUCCUUGAUUCCAAUCUAUUGACAGGAACACUUCCAAGUGAGCUGGGGGCUGCCAACCCCUUAAACAAUGUCUUCAUGUUCAACAAUGCUUUCUCAGGUUCCAUCCCUUCUGAACUUUGGACACUUUCAUCAUUGGUCCGCUUGAUGGUGGAAUUCAAUGCACUGACUGGAACAUUGGCAACUGAAAUUGGGCAAAUGUCGAACUUGCAAAUGCUGCGCUUGGACAAUAUGGAGCUGACAGGGACAAUCCCAACAGAGCUGGGACGUCUGCAACAGAUGGGAUUUCUUCGCCUCGAGUUGAAUCAACUGUCGGGAACCAUUCCAACAGAUGCAAAUCAGUUGAGUGGGUAUGUUCCAUCAGAAUUUGGGAGUUUCAGCCGCUUGAAGAGGUUGGGAUUGGGAAGAAACAUGUUUUCAUCUACUGUACCGGUGGAGUUGGGCAAGCUAUCAAGCCUAAAAUGGCUGGGGCUUCAUGUGAAUGAAUUGACUGGGGCCAUUCCAACAGAAAUUGGGUUACUUGGAAACUUGACCCGGCUGUGGCUUUAUGGCAAUGAGUUCACUGGGGGGUUACCAACCUCCCUUGAUGGGCUGCUGCAACUUGAAUCUUUUAACAUCAGCCAAAACCAAUACCUCUCUGGGAUUGUACCAGAAGAGUUGUGCUUUGUUGAAGUGUUGGCAUUUGACUGCAGCGCUUCUCUCUGUGGAUGUGACUGUCCAUGUGGGUCUGGCAAUGCCGCGGGAUCUGCUAGAAAUGAGUCCUCUAGUGCAUUAAACUCUACUUUGCAAUGA